AGACGGUGGGUUAGAACAAGACGUUGGGGUUUUCGGAGAGAAAAAAUGGCGAGGGAAAUGGAGGAAUUGAGUGAAGAAGAAAGGAGGGCACUGCGAGGAAGCAAAUUCGCUCCUUUGCCGUCUCUGCCGCGGCCGGCCCGUUCCCAACCCAGGUUGGCUCAUCCAGGUGGGCCUUUGACCACCAACAAAGCGGCGGCGCUCGCCAAGUUCCUCGAACGGAAACUUCAAGACCCCAAUGGCUUGUCCACCAUUAAUCCCGAUCUUCUGGAAUUAGCAGUCCAAAAUGCCAAAGCCACCGUCACUGCAAUCUGAUUUAAAUACGAAAUACGCUUCAAGAUUAUGACUUUGUUAUUAUGUUAACAAGAGAAAAAAUUUUAUAGCAUUGCUUUUUUGGAUGCUAGUCCAAACUUAAUUUAAGUUGAUCAGUCCUUUGGUUGAAUUGUGGCUUAUGUAGGUUACUACUUCGAAUAGAGCAAUUUAAGAGAAGCUUAUUGUAUGUCAUUUUGAAACACUGACUUAAAAUUUGGGGGUUUAUGUUUGGUAUGGGCAUCGGCUUAUUGUAAGUUACAAUCAUUAGGUGUCUGAUUGUCAGCCUAUCUUUACUAAUGAAAUGAUCCCUAUACGAGCCCGUGUGAAUAAAUAAUUGAUGCCCUCUUAUGCCUUUGGACUAUGGUCCUUCAAAAGUUUGAUGUUUAUUGAUGGUUUGUUACUUCAAUUGCUUUCUAAGAGUCUAUCCGCUGUUUCAAUGAUCUCUGUGGAUUCAUCCUUUGCUGAUGGUUUGCCUAAGAUGAGAUUUUAAUUUUGUUUAUCUUUUGAGGGAGCAUGUGCUUGAAAUCAUCUUUCUUGGUUGAUUAGGGAAUUUUCACUUGAUUUGUUCACUGUUUGUGUUUAAGUUGUUUUGGCCCUUUGUGCCUACUUAACAUGAUUUAGCUUGUAAUAAAGAACUCAUCAACUGGAAUUAUUUCCGAUUUUCUUCUUUUUAUUUAUUUUUUAACAGGUGCUGCUUCAGAUUCAGGAAGAACAGUUCGGCAUGUAGACUCUUUUCCUGAUUCUGAGGAUUCCUUGGGAGAAGAUAAAGUAGAAUUUUCCAAACCAAAAAAACACAAGAAGAAGAAGAAGAAGAAAAACAAAAAACAAAAGGUAGUCGUGGAUCAUGACUCUACAACAUUAAACAGGCCUAAGAAGAAGGUCAAGUUGUGAUUCAGGUUAAUUCCUACACUCCAGGUAUCAUGAAAAGAAAUUGUUGCAGCCUUUGGAGCCCAGACGUCGCUAAAACAUAAGACGAGGAUAGAAUCACCAAAAACGCAACUGGUGAAAUAGUAUCAGUUUUUAGACCACUGAUUUCGAAAGGAUGUUGUUAGGAUAAUUUGUUCUCGGUACAAAUAAGUAGUUAUUUAUUACAAGUUCUGCGGAUGGACAGUGGUUAUUUUUCUUGGCAAAUAUUAGUUGUGAGUGAAAUUUAACAGGGACUGGUCGUGACUCACAAGGAUCUCUUGUAAUCGAACAUCAUUUUAUCAAGAACAACAUUCUGU